AUGGCCCUGAGCCCCGCCCAGUCCCAGGGGGGCGGGGCCUGUCCCGGGGGCUGCGACUGCGACCGCGACAGCGCCUGGUGCCGGGGUGGGGGAGGGGGCGUCCCCCGGGGGCUCCCCCCCCGCCUGGCCACGCUCUCCCUGAUCCGCUGGGACAUCGAGGCCCUGCCCGAGGGGAGCUUCCGGCACCUUCCGGCCCUGACCCUGCUGUUGGUGGCCUCGGGGCGUUUGGGGACAAUCGGGGACGGGGCCUUCGCUGGACUGGGGGCACUGGAAUAUCUGUUCAUUGAGGACACCGAGCUCGGGGCCAUCGCGCCCACGGCCCUGAGGGGGCUCCGGGGGCUCCUCUUCCUGAGUUUGGCCAACAACCGCCUGGAGUCGCUGCCCCCGGGACUCUUCCAGGAUUUGGGGACACUGACGCAGCUGGAUCUCCGUGGGAACCCGUUCCGCUGCGAUUGUCACCUGCGCUGGCUCCUGCGCUGGCUGCCCACCCGCCCCUCCCCCGCCGAGGCCGGGGGGCGCUGCCGGGGGCCCCUCCCCCACCAGGGCACCCCCCUGGCCCUGCUGAGCCCCGGGGAGCUCCAGUGCCAGCGGCACGAGCUGCGGCCGUUCCAGUCGCUGCCGUUCUCGUCCCUGGGGGCCGAGUCCUUCGCGCUGGGGGGACAGCGGGGGGUGGCCCUGGCGCAGCCGGUGACAGGAGCCUGCGCCCUGCUGGAGUGGGACCAGCUCGGGGGGCGCUUCCGGGCCCCCACCAUCAUCAACAGUGAGCAAAACGGGGCAAAAAACGGGGAAACGGGGGUGGCCCUGGCGCAGCCGGUGACAGGAGCCUGCGCCCUGCUGGAGUGGGACCAGCUCGGGGGGCGCUUCCGGGCCCCCACCAUCAUCAACACGGGGGUGGCCCUGGCGCAGCCGGUGACAGGAGCCUGCGCCCUGCUGGAGUGGGACCAGCUCGGGGGGCGCUUCCGGGCCCCCACCAUCAUCAACACGGGGGUGGCCCUGGCGCAGCCGGUGACAGGAGCCUGCGCCCUGCUGGAGUGGGACCAGCUCGGGGGGCGCUUCCGGGCCCCCACCAUCAUCAACAGCUCGUCCCCGGUGGCCUGCCACCCCCUCCCGGUGGGCGACACCCUUCUGGUGGUGGUGGCCCAGCUGGGGGGCGGCUCCUGGGUCUGGCGCCGCUCGGGCGGCCCCGGCUCCUCCUUCGUGCGCCACCAAGCCCUGGGCUCGGGCCACCUGCGCCGUCCCCACGCCGUGGCCGCCGCCCGCCUGGCCGGCCACCUCUACCUGGGGGUGGCCGACAGCUCCAAAGGCGGCACCAGCACCGUCUUCCGCUGGGCUUCCGGAGGCUUCUACCCGCACCAGACGCUGCGGCCGUGGCAGAGGGACACGCACCUGGAGUUCCUGGAGCUGGGCGGGCGGCCGGCGCUGGUGGUGUGCAGCGCGGCGCGGCGGCCGCUGGUUUACCGCUGGAGCGGCGGCGGCUUCGCGCCCCACACCGACAUCCCCCACGUGCCGGACGUCUACGCCGCCAAGCACUUCCGGGUCCGGGGGAGCGUCUUCCUCUGCCUCACGCGCUUCCUGGGGGAUGCCAAGGUGAUGCGCUGGGAGGGCUCCAUGUUCCGCGAGGUGCAGCAGGUGCCGGCCCGUGGCUCGCUGGUCUUCCAGCCGCUGGCCCUGGCCGGCCACCGCUACGUCCUGCUGGGCAACGACUUCGCCCCGAGCCGCGUCUUCCGCCUGGGCCCGGCCGGACGCCUGGAGCCCGGCCAGGAGCUGCCCGCGCCCACCCCCCGCGCCUUCGUCCCCCUCACCGCCGGCCACCGGCACUUCCUGCUGGCCACCAGCUUCAAGGGGGCCACCCAGAUCUACGCCCACGUCACCGAGGACAUCGGGACCUGAGGGGACGUGGGGAUGGUGGCCACCAGGUCAUCGAGGGCAUCGG